CUCGCCUCCAACUACGGCACUCGUUUCGUGCCCAACUCUUCGACGUUGCCCAAUUCUACUUCUUGCAAAAAGCUUGCUACAGAGAUUCUAGAUGGAUUUCCUACAUACUCAGCUAGAUGUGCUGCAAAAACAUCUCGCUUUUGUGGCAGUAGAGCCCAUUGACUGGAAGACCUAUGUGCAGGUAUCAUCCUGGCUGGUUUGCUUGUUUGAAGUCAGCUAUGUUAUUAGACUACGCCAAUAUCCGCUCUAUUCCAAGACAGCUCCUCCUCCAGUUCUGGCGGCACACUUCACGGACGAGGUAUUCGCGAAGUCCCAGGCGUAUGGAAGAGACAAAGCAAAGUUCUCGCUCUUUGAAGGUUUCUUCAAGCAGACACUGGAUUCCUUGCUGGUACAGUAUGGAGUCUAUGCGUGGGCAUGGAGUGUCGCUGGACGAUCCAUCGGUAUACUUGGUUACGGACCGGAAUAUGAGAUCCUUCAAUCCAUUGCAUACGUGAUCGUGCUCUUCUUAGUAUCGGUCAUCCCGUCAUUGCCUCUAUCAGUCUACCGGACGUUCGUUCUCGAGGAGAAGCACGGAUUCAACAAGACUACACCGGUGCUCUUUGUUAUGGACCUGCUAAAGGGCUAUGCAGUCGGCCUGGUGCUUGUUCCGCCCUUCCUGGCUGCUUUCCUGUAUAUCUUCAAAUGGGCCGGAGACCGUUUUGUUCCUUGGCUCAUGGCUUUCCUGCUAGCCUUCCAGCUGGUCAUGGUAGUCCUGUAUCCCACGGUCAUUCAGCCUCUAUUCAACAAGCUCUCUCCGCUCGCUGAGGGCGAGCUUCGUACGCGCAUUGAGGCACUUGCAUCUCGGCUGAAGUUCCCGCUCACUCAUCUAUACGAGAUCGACGGAUCAAAGCGCAGUUCGCACAGUAAUGCGUAUUUCUACGGGCUUCCUUGGAGCAAGCAUAUCGUGAUCUUCGAUACGCUUAUCAAGCAGAGCAAGGCUGAUGAGGUUGAAGCCGUUCUCGCGCACGAACUUGGCCACUGGUAUCACAUGCACCCGACGAAGCUGCUACUCAUCUCGCAGGCUCACAUAUUCACCAUCCUUGGGAUUUUCCCUGCAUUCCUGCACGCGCCCGCUGUGCUGCGCGCGUUCGACUUUCCGGCAGACGUCGCCACGCACCCGCCGACGAUCGUUGCUUUCCUCCUCUUCCAGAUGAUCGUCGCCCCGUUCGAGGCCGUUGUAGGUGUGGCCAUGAACGCGUUGAGCAGGCGCUUCGAGUAUCAGGCGGACAAUUUUGCGUGCAAGCUGCGUGGGAUGCUCAAAGUCGAGGAGAUGGCCGACAUGGGCGACCGACUCGGUCGCGCGUUGAUCACGCUGCACCAGGAGAAUCUGUCCACGGUGUGGGUGGACUGGCUAUUCUCUGCGUAUCAUCAUUCCCACCCUACACUGGGCGAACGGCUAAGAGCGUUGGAGGCCUUCAAAGUCGACGAGUCCAAAUCGUCAAAGAAGGAGUUGUAGGGCCCGUGUUGUAAUUAUAUGUGGCAUCAUGCAAUGUUUCCGAGCGACAAAAAGAGGCAACAGCCCAAACAAACGAUGAUGAUUUCGCUGUAUUUGCAUCAUGGGCUCGCCUGCGUUCUGGUGUGGGCCGUUUGGAGCGAGUUACGAGUGCUCACGUUUGGUCGGAUGCGGAGUGCACAAAUGGAUCUUCCC